AUGGGUAGCAUCAGGAAUUGCCUUUUAUUGGUGGCAGCCGCCACUUGUGUGGCAUCCGUCUACGGCCAAGAAGAUUCGAUCAAUUUCGCCUUGUCCGAAAAGGUAUCUGCGUUUGAUGGGACACCCAUUGACUUUGAGUUUCACACGGCUCCUUCCGCAACCCUCGAUUACGUUGCUGCCACUGCGAUCAAGCCGAUUAUCUUUCGAAUGGGCAACGCUAUUAAUUUCAAGCUGUUUCAACGCGUCCAACCAGGUCACUCCAUUGGUUGCCGCAAUACGGAUGAUUCCAGGCCCGACCAACUCAGUGGCGACUGCCGGGACAAUUGUCAAAACUUUGGUCGCUACUGCGAGUAUCACUUUGGCGCCGACGAGCAGAAUCCCGUGACUAAAAACCUGUUGGGCGCUCAUUUGGUCAAGGAAAGUGCUCGUCGCAUGUGUGUGGAGAAAACGUACGGAGCCCAAGAGUUCUUUCGGUACAUGGACGCCAUGCACGGCACGGGGUGCCACACGCAACUCACACGAGCCUGUUUGGAUCAAGUCUUUAUGACGCUCAAGAUGGAUCAGGUUCGUAUCGACCGAUGCAUUGGAACCGUGGAUCCCGAUUUCAUUUACGAGAAUAGCAUUCUGCAAGACAGCAUGCAAGACGGAACAGCGGUCGAUCGCCAUCUUCCCUCGGUCGUGUCCAACGAUCGCACCCAGCAUUUUGACUUUGGUCAGCCACUGAGCGAUACCAACGAGGCACUCGAAUUUAUCUGUUCCCAGUAUCCCGAGGACAAAAAGCCCAUGGCCUGUUCGUUUUGCAACGACUUCUGCAGGCAACGGAAUCACCGUCAUCCCGACGCCCAAAAGUGCCUUUGGCAGCUCCGAUGUAACGACCACCACCACACGCACUUUAACUCCUACUUGGAAUCCAUUGGAGUCGAGCCCGAGUACAUGGCGGACGGAUCCGAAAUGGAACAUCAUGCCGAAAAUCCACCCAAAGAGGCAACCUUGUCGCCGAAUCCUCCCGAUCAACACCAAGAAGAAGUUCCUCCCGAUAGCAACAUGGCGCACGAUCAAGAACAAAAAGAAGACGAGACGGAAUUCCAAGCCGACGUGCAGCGCCCCCAAGAUGUCGUUGGCGCCAGCAUGGAGCCAGAACAGUCCCAUGUGGAAGCACCCUUGACAUUUGCCUUGUCGUCCGUGUUUAUGGCUCUGGCACUCGCCGCCUUUGCCAUGAUCUCCAUGGUCACGUUCCGCAACUACCGCAGCAAGAUGAUUAUCGAUCAGUACCUACGAGAACAAGCCGAUAAGCAAACCAGGAGCGCCUUUACGCCUCAUUUGGACCCGGCGUUGUUCCCCGAUCAAGAAGAAUUGGAUUUGGAUGUCGAACCGGCGCUGCAAUACAGCGAUCACAUCAAUCCCGUGCCACCACAGCAACCGCCCACAUCGUCCUCCUUUGUGUUGCCAAAAAUCUCCCCUGUGUAG